AUGAUCCCCAAAGGGUACCGCUUUUCUUACUCACACCUCAUUUUUUACUUCUCUACCUUUGUAAUUGCGACGCAGUUAUGGUCGAUAUGGGGACAGUCUAAACACAGCCAUUAUCUGGACUUUGUACGCCAUGCACAUUUUCACCGGAAUUGGGAGUUCAACGCCGACAUACAUGCAAAUGUACACACGCUCAGCUCAGAGCAGUGCAAUAUUGCCUUUCCUGAGCUAUACCACAGCUUGGAUGAGUCGGUCAACUCCAGACAGGGAAGGAAGGUACACCCCAAGGAUAUUGAGAUCCUGUCGGGAAGAUGCAUGCUACGAGUUAUGAUAUAUCAGGGAGAGGUGUUCGUCACCGACGCUGGAAAGCCAGAGCAGUGCUAUGUCGUAAACGGAAACGAGCGAGAACGCAUUCUCGGAACUUUGGCACAGAUUGACCGCGCCGUCGUGACCGCCUCUACUUCCGACACUCCGAUCCCGAAUAUCGAAUUCGCCCUCUCGCUAGACGAUCUACCACGGCGGUCUAAGGAUAAAGGGACAUUCUUUGGCUACACGCGCAAGGAAGGCCCCGAGUACCGGGACAUCUGGAUGAUGCCAAACUACGCGUAUUGGAGUUGGAACUAUACCCAUGCGCCUAGUUGGAAUGCCAUCAGAAAGGAAAUCCAGCAGAAGGAGACAGAGGUGCCAUGGAGCAAGAAGGACCCAAGGGUGGUUUGGCGUGGAAAGGUCAAAAUGGCCAAGCUGAGGCAAGAGCUGAUCAAGGUCAGCAAGGGACAAAGCUGGAGUGACAUCAAGCCUGUAGUCAUCAAUAAUGCUAGCGACCCACAUAACAAAGAUGUAAUGAACCUACGCGAUUUCUGCGGAUACAAGUUCACGAUCCAAACCGAAGGAACCUCGUACUCUGGGCGCCUAAAAUACCUUCAACUAUGCCGCUCAGCUCUCAUAACGCACCCCUUGAAAUGGCAAGAGUUCCACACACACCUGAUGCGCCUCGCAGGACCAGACGUAAAUUACAUUGAAGCUUCAGAGAACUUUGGAAACCUCGAAUCGGCCAUGGAAUACUACCGUGAUCAUGAUGAAGAUGCGGAGCUGAUUGCUCGAAAUAGCUACGAAACAUUUACGAGGAGGUACCUGACGCCGGCCGCUGUGACGUGCUAUUGGAGACGGCUAUUUGUGUCCUGGAAGAGCGUGCAGGGGUACGAGCCGGUGCUGUACGAGCCUGACAAGACCGGAAAGAUGGUGAUGAGGGGAACACCCUGGACGGCGUUUGCGGCAAAUUGGCCUAAGGAUCCUUCUAUCAUCCCGUGA